CGCCAAUUCACCAUGACGGCAUAAUGCGAAAGUGAAGAACCAUCCGUCCUCCAUCCGAGAUCCCGGAACUGCUGCCGAAUCCACCAACCUCCGAGCCCCGAGCCCCGAGAAGAGCAUAGAUUCCCGUCAGCUUCCCGGCACGAGCAAUAACUUCCCCGACCAAUGGCUUGCCCCAGCUGCAGAUCCAGCCUCGGCCUCCUCCUCCCGAGAGGACCGGCCGCAACAUCGACCCUGCGCCAGGGUCUCUUUGCCGAGAGCACCACCGCGCGCGCCGCGCUAUCCUUCUCCCAGUCCAGCAACACCACCGCCGCCAGCAGUACGAGAAGAAGCAAAAGCCUCCUCUCACAACAAUCUCGACGGAUACACACAACGCGCCAAUGCCGUGCUGAAGGCGGCGAGGGGAGCGGCGGCCUGGCUGGUGGCUUCCGCAAGCUUCUGGCAUCCGUUGCCGGCAACCAGAGCUCAUCCUACAUCGCCUAUGGCGCCACCCAGCGCAUCUACAAGGACUGCGCCAAGCAGGCCGACUACACCAUCACUCCCGAGGACAGGAAAGCCGGAAGGGUGAAGGAAACGGCGGAUGGCGAAGAGAUUGGUGUUGGUAAUGGGAGCAUUUGGCACGAGAAAUUCGGCCUUCUCCCAACCUUCUCAACCUGGGCCCACGUAACCAUGCUCCACCUCUGGCUCGUCGUCGUCCGCCUGCGCUGCCUCGACAAGGACGCCCACGCCACCUGGCAGGCCCAGCUGGUCGACCACUUCUUCCACCAGGCCGAGGAGAAGAUGGACCGCACCCACGACAUGUCGUCGCGUGUCAUGCGCCAGCGCUACCUGCAGGACCUGUUCGUACAGUGGCGCGGCGUCGUGCUCGCCUACGACGAAGGUCUGGUAAAGGGUGACGCCGUGCUCGCUGCUGCCGUGUGGCGCAACCUGUUCAAGGCGAGCGAGGACGUCGAUGUUCGCGCCCUGGCCGCCAUCGUCAGCUGGAUGCGCAGCAGCUUGAAGUAUCUGGAUUCCAUGGAGGAUGCCGGUCUGGCGCUUCAUCCUACUCUGUUCAAGAACAAGCCGGAUGCUGAGCUGCCGGUGGUGGAUAAGUUCGUCCCGGCGCUAGAAGGGCAGACGACUAAGGGUGCGGCGGCGGCUGAUGUUGAGGGCAUUUCGGCGGCGGGACAGGCCGAGGCGAAGGCGUCGCCGGUAACAAGCCAGAAGGCUGAGCCUAAGGGUGCUGCUUCCCAGAAGCCGAAGGCGGUGCCCAAGUUCAAGACUGCUGCUUAGAGUUGGGAUGGAGAGUAGAAGAAAGUAUAGUGGAUUGGUUGGUGGGUGGAGGACUGUACAAUUACCUUGUAUUAUAACAGCAUACCGGGUACUUCCCAAGCACAAGUGACGGUAAGGACAAGAUGCUGGAUGGAUGGAUGGAUGGAUGUUCAUAUGUAGGGUGAACCUAAAAGUGCUGCAGCUAAGCAUAAGAUGUAGAUACCAUAGUCUGGGGAAUUAAGAGGCACGAAAUAAAAAACACUGUCAUCAUGCAUUCAGUGACGUUCUACCUCCUCUCCCACAUCUGAAACUCAUACUCCGUCCCAUUUUCGACUUGCAAUCCCUCGGGAACCUCCUCGCCCACAAACUGGUCCAACUCCUCUUUGCUCUUCCUCACCCAUUCCUCAGAUCCUGAUGCCUCCCCUUCCUCCUUCAACUCCAAAGGAAAAAACGUAUCACACUCAAACUCCGGACUCAAGACCCUCGUCAACAAGAUCCGCUUGCUUACCUCCUUGGGUAGCUUCAGCGCCGCGCCGUAGAUUUGUCCGCCGCCAAUCACAAAUACCUUGCCAACUUUUUGUUGUUGCUCUUGCUGCUGCUGCUGCUGCUGCUGCUGC